CUCAGCUAGCUGGACUCCGGGUUGAGUGUGAAGUCUUCACUGUGCACCGUGUGCUGCUGGAGUGAAGGUGACUUGCGCCCCGUCGCAGUCAAGGCAAUGCAGAGAGGAGUCGCAGGCGCUCAUCCGGUACUUUUCCUGCGCUCUGAGGCUCGUCUGGGAUAAUAUUUGCUCCGUCUCUUACACUAGAGGGGAGGAACGUGAGAGAUAGACAGAGCAAUAACAAUAUUCGAGCUUCAACCCAGCCAGUAGUUGGCGAAGGUGAAUUGAGCGUAAACGGGGGAGAGAAUAAGGUAAACAGUAAGGUGCAGGGUGGUGAGACAGGAAGAGAGAAAGUGGUGGAGUUUGGUGGUGGAAAUAAGACCAAACCGUUCUGUAUUAGGGCUGUUUUAUUAGUGGAUGUGUAUGCAUGAGUUCUGCAUCGAAUGGGCGCAAAAACCGCCCCAGAUCCGCCGGGAACAUCUUCCAGAUCGGCAAGCCUCCUUACCGAGACUCACAGAGGAGGGAGAGCACCGAAAGUACCCGCAGAGCCCAGCGCGCCGUGGCCGACUGCAGAAUGAUCGUGCAAGAAUUCAACACGCUUGUGGCUCUGUACCGUGAACUGGUCAUCUCCAUUGGCGAAAUCACUGUGGAUUGUCCUUCUUUACGGGCCGAAAUGCUUAAGACCCGAACUAAAGGCUGCGAGAUGGCGAGAGCGGCGCACCACAGUCUCUCCUUGAUAUCGGGGCCAGAGGACGGGGAGAUCCACCCUGAGAUCUGUAGGCUCUUCAUCCAGCUGCAGUGCUGUCUGGAGAUGUACAUCACUGAAAUGCUUAAAUCUGUCUGCUUGCUGGGCUCCCUGCAGCUCCACAGGAAAGGUAAAGAUUCCUGUGGCCCUACCAGAGUCGACAAUAAGACAGAGGAGAGCUCAGACAUCCCCAUCCUGGAGGACACCUCCUCCUCCCCCACUGACUUUCCUCAGCUCUGCUGGCUGGUGGCCACCGACAUAGAAAACAUAGAAAAGGAUAUGAGGGAGAUGAAGAACCUUCUCAGUAAACUCAGGGAGACAAUGCCUUUACCAUUGAAGAACCAAGAUGACAGCAGUUUGCUAAACCUGACUCCCUACCCACUGGUCCGACAGAGGAAGAGGAGGUUCUUUGGGCUCUGUUGCCUGGUAACCAGCUAAGGGCCCCGCCUUUGUGGGUAGGAGGCGGCAACAAAGACACCAUUACCCACUGUCCUUCACCACUUGUGUCUCCCACCAAUCUAUAACUGCCAUUUUCAAAUAAAUUGUCUCUUUCUCUUUUUUUAAAGGCUGCCCAUUUUAUAAUUUUAUUUUGUAAUACAAAGAAGAAUUGUAACUGCAAUGUACCGAAAACAAAAGUCAUGAACAUAUAUUUUAAAAUAUUUUGCAACAAAUUUUCCCUUUUUUGGUAAAUGAAGUCAGAUAUCUGCUUGUCCAAUGUUAAAGAGAAUGAGAGGUCAUUUGAAAUAAUGUCAGUGUUCGAUUACUCCCACAAAC